CACAGUGGGAGUGGGGACCAGCAAUCUUUUGGAAACAAUUAUUGCCAAAGGUACUUGAUGUGGGCUGCUGUAAGUUCAUACCAGGAAACACAUAGACCAAUUCGUUUUUUUGUUUUGCUUGCAUAGUUCAUACUCUGAUCACUUGCGUUUCCUCGAUUUUUUUCGUUGCCAGUACGUUGACGAGACGUAUUCUGGAGGUGGUAUCGGCGAGUAUGCUAUCUUUGACACCACUAAGGGCUCCUAUGAUAGUACCGCUUGUGACACGAACGGAAAUGGGAGCUGUAAGCUUAUGGAUUGUCAUAAUCCUGCUUCGACCAACUGGAAACUCAUUGGGGUAUUCAAGGAGGCAUCUUACUUCGGAAACGAUGCCUUUUUUGAGCAGCUCUUCAAACACGAGGGAGUUUGUGUAUGGAACGAUAGCUCACUCUACGAAUUCAUGUCUGAAACUCGCGAGAGUAGUUUUUCUUCCGGAUGUCUCGAUACAGGAAUCUCCUAUGGCGACUACGGCUUGUACAUCGACUUGAAACCUUCUUUCAACGGAAACAUGACCUACCAACUCUACGAGGAUUAUGUUUGUUCAACCGAAUAUGAGGGCAAUGACUACAAUCUAGAGAGCGUGGCUGCCAGCAUGGGUCUUCUCUAUGGUGACUACAUGCAGGCAUGGAAUGAUGCCAUGGAGCCAUUCAAGGUUUGCCAACCGUGCAGAGCAUACAACCUGCAGCAAACUUCAUCAUCCUCGUCGUCGAAAAAAACGUACUAUUCUUAUUCUUCGUCCUCGUCCUCGAGCAGCUACGGAGGAUACUGGAGAUACACAGGUAACCGUGACUUGGAGGACGAAAAAGCAGAAAGCAACAAGGUGGAAGAAAACCAAGAAGAUAAAGCAGAAAGCAACAAGGUGGAAGAAAACCAAGAAGACAAAGAACGUGAACUCGGCAGCGGUGAUGGUAACAAUGGUUGGUAUGAUGAUGACAAUGGUUAUGAUCCAAACGAUGGAUACUUCCGUUGUGAUGAUGACGCCGAUUAUUCCAACGUAAACCAAUGCAUGAAGUUCCGAUCACAUGCUGACCUCGAGUCUGCUUCUUGGCAAGAUUUGGUAGCCGCCACCAACCAAGGUGGAAUUCUGACCGUCAACGUCAGCGGAGUCGUAUUCGGCUCCCCCUUUGUUUCGAAGGAACAAGAAGAAUACCUCACCUACGUGAGGCGUCAAAAGGAAGAAGCUUAUGCCAAAGAAUUGGAGAUCAAGGCUGCGAAAGCCGUUGCUGCAGCUCCAACUGCCCGGAGUGUCGUAGUCAUUGGAGUGCUCUGGGUUGCAUUUGGUGCUUCUGCAUUUGUCUAUUCGGGACUCAGACUUCUUCGACAACUAAGUAUUGAGAAGAAGAGGGGAUCAAGGAGUCUUGCAGAACCAUUGCAUUGAGCAAGUAUGAUGCUACUACAGCCUAAAAAGAUAGAAUCUCUCGCGAGAACCUCUCAUCUUUUUAGCACCACCAUCWUCCGAUUCGAUUCCUGUCUUUAUUCAUGCCCAUCAUGUUGUAUUUUUUUGCAUUCACAUAGCAUAUCCUUAGCUUAUCACACAAAUACCAAUAACAAGUAUAAUACCAA